GUGCGUUUGAUGGAUAGCAGCGAGAGUGAAAGCUCUAGCAAUGGCACCCCAGAGGUUCAGGCUGAACUGAGAGCUAAGAGACAAGCUGAGGAAGAGGAGCUCGCCAGAAAGCGAGCGCAGGCGGAACUGGAAGCAAAGAGACAAGCUGAGGAAGAGGAGCUCGCCAGAAAGCGAGCGCAGGCGGAACUGGAAGCAAAAAGACAAGCGGAGGAAGAGGAGCUCGCCAGAAGGCGGGCAGAAGCAGAACUGGAAGCUAAGAGACAAGCGGAGGAAGAGGAUCUCGCGAGAAAGCGAGCGGAAGCAGAACUGGAGGCAAAGAGACAAGCUGAGCAAGAGGAGCUUGCCAGAAAGCGAGCGGAGGCAGAAUUGUUGGCAAAGAGACAAGCUGAGCAAGAGGAGCUCGCCAGAAAGCGAGCACAGGCGGAAAUGGAAGCUAAGAGACAAGCGGAGGAAGAGGAGCUCGCAAGAAGGCAAGCUGAGGCAGAAUUGCAAGCAAAGAGACAAGCGGAGGAAGAGGAGCGCGCCAGAAAGCGAGCAGAGGCAGAAUUGGAAGCUAAGAGACAAGCUGAGGAAGAGGAGCGCGCCAGAAAGCGAGCUGAGGCAGAAUUGGAAGCUAAGAGACAAGCUGAGGAAGAGAAGCUCGCCAGAAAGAGAGCUGAGGCGGAACUGGAAGCUAAGAGACAAGCUGAGGAAGAGGAGCGCGCCAGGAAGCGAGCUGAGGCGGAACUGGAAGCAAAGAGACAAGCUGAGGAAGAGGAGCUUGCCAGGAAGCGAUCUGAGGCGGAACUGCAAGCUAAGAAACAAGUUGAGGAAGCAGAGCUUGCCAGAAAGCGAGCAGACGGGGAACCGCACGCUGCUCAGAGGGAAGCUGAGGAGGUAUUGAUGAGAAAGCAGAAAGAGGCCGCACAGCGGGCAGAGGCAGAACCGAACGUUGCUCAGAGAGAAGCUGAGGAGGAGGAACUGGUGAGAAAGCAGAAAGGGGCCGCACAGCAAGCCAGAAGGCUGGCUCAGGAAGAAGAGUUGGAAGAGGUUCAAGAGGAAAUUGAAAUUGAAGAAGAAAGCGAAACCCACUUUGACCAGCCUGGUGUGGAAUCAUACCAUCCUCAGGCAAGCAGCCAGCACGUCCAGCUGCCAGGACUCACCCUGGCUGCUGCGGUAGAGGUACCACAUGCAUCAACUCCAGAGGAGGAAACCAGUGAAUCCGAGGCCAGUGCAGCAGUGGUGGCUGUCACCAAGAGGCCUUCGAUGAAGAUUACGGCCCUGGAUGAAGAGGAAAGCAGAAGACAAGCUGAGGAAGCAGACGGAGAAGACGAGCUGGAGAAGCAUUCAGAUAUCCGAAGAAAUGAUGCAAGAUGGAGUGUCUCCAACCACCCAGGCAGCAGCUCCGAUGGUCCCGCUUUCUCCCAUUUGCGACGCUCGAGUAAUCCCCGUGGCUCGCGGGGCAAAGAAAGCGUGGAGAGAGAGCCCAGCGAGCUGCCUUCAACCUUCCUCCUGGAGACCGAGCAUAGGGCGCGAAACGAUUGCCUGGAGGAUCCAUGGAAAGGCAGCGGAUGGGCAGACGACCUGCGGCGCUUUGCAGAUGAAGAACUCAUUCCAGACAAGGACUGCGAGGUCCAGGCAAAAUUCCUGGAUGGCAGAGGCCGUGGAAGAUUCCUGGAGGCCACUAAGCAGAUCAAAGGAUUCGUGAAUAGUAAGUUGACUGUCAUCAACUGCUUGGCCCUGAAAGAGCGCAGCCUGCUCUCAUAUGCGAUGUUCAUGUUCUAUUCUGUCAUGAUAAUCACCGGCACAUUGCAACUCACCACGUGCCAUGGAGAGUCAUGUCUUGUGGCCAAGCAGGUCAGCUUUGAAGGCCUAUUUGGCAUGAUUCAUUACACGCCCCACUUGGCGGAUGUUUGGCAGAUGGGUUCUGGCUUUUUGGAUUGUGCAGCCAUGGGUGGCCAAAUCCAGGAAUCGGAUGAUGUGCAGCAAAGACAUCGGGCGGCCGCACGCUUUGUGGAGGCCUUCAAGGACUCAAAAGCUGCUUCCUCCAAGGCUGCGGAUGUGAGUCAAGGUGUUGUCUUCCAGCCGGCGCGCCCCGCGGCCCCCUCCAAGGCACCAGCGUCAUCCGCGGUGCCGUCCAAGGCAGCGGCGGUGCCGGCGGCCAAGGCGCUUGCAAGGCCCAAGACGGAGGAGGAUCGUAUUGAACUGGAGCGAUCUACGCGCAAGGCCUUGGAAGAUGCUCAGUUUUGGGAUUUGCCCAUUGAAGAUGCCCUGCGGAAUCUACGAGCGCGCAGCACGAGGUGUAAGGACCACACCAAGCGUGUGGCCGACGCCUUCCAGGCUCGCCAGUCGCGCAAGCGCAGCGCCCAACGACCCGAGAAGCCCCGGCCCCCCACUGGCGCAGAGGUCUGGGGCAAGCGGAGUGAGCCGGGGAAUUCGCCAGCAUGGCCAAAGGAAGCCACGUUUUUGGACCCCAAAACGUCGAAACCGAAAGCCAGUCAGGUGGCAUCGAUUCAAAUCAAGCAGCCCCUCUCGGAGAUCUCUGACCCGGACACCUUCUCGGCUCAGUUCAUCGAGGCCGCCGCGAAGGCCGCCGGCAUCGACCCGCGGCGCCUGCGCGUCCGCGCCGUGCGCGCCGUGCCCGACACCGUCGCUGGGGACCGGGCGCGGGAGCGGGCGCCGUUGCUGGGGCCCAGUAGGCCUGGGGUGUAG